AUGGCCGAUGGAGAUGGGCCAUGGGGUUGUUCUUUCGGAGGUAAGCUCUACGCCCCCGAGGAUUCCUGGCAUCCUGACCUGGGGGAGCCCUUCGGCAUCAUGCAUUGUGUCCUCUGCUCCUGCGAACCGCAGAAGAAUCACCGUGGGAAAGCGAUGGGCAAAGUCAGCUGUAGGAACAUUAAGCGGGACUGUCCGACUCCUCCUUGCAGCGAUGCGGUUCUUCUGCCCGGACACUGUUGCAAAACCUGUCCCAAGGCCACUCCCAGCUUCCUGGAGAAAAGACUUGAGCCCCUCUUUGCCAAAGUGGCCUAUUUCCAGGAAAAGGAAGCGGAUUUACACCGAAACUACAAUGACCGUGCCUAUCACAGCUCAGAAGACUUCGUCCGAGAUGACAGCCACAUAGAAUUUGUGGCCUUGCUGACAGGUCGUCUGGAGCCAUGGGCACCUGCAACCAGCGGGGUGGCAAAAGGCAGAUUCACCCUUCUACGCUCUCACUUGCUGUUCUCCAUUUAUUACGAGAGGCUGGGGCAGCCGAGCCGAGUCCGUUUCACGGAUCCCGACGGGGGCAUCCUUUUUGAGCACCCUGUGCAAAAAGGCAUCUCUUCCCAGGAGAACAUGAUCUGUGGUAUGUGGAGGAACCUACAAAAAUCUUCCAUUCGGUUGUUGAAGGUGGAUCAGCUGCGCGUAUCCCUGGUCACCAGGUCACAUCCUGCGGGAGAGAUCCAAGGGAAGAUUAUGAAGCACCGGGCCCUCUUUGCAGAAACGUUCAGUGCUCUCCUGACAUCUGUGGACCCUACCCAUCCUGGCAUGGGGGGCAUCGCGAUGCUCACGCUGAGCGACACUGAGAACAACCUGCAUUUUGUCCUGGUGACCAGGGGGCUUCUGGAGUCAGCAGAUAAAAAAUCCUCCUGGCUCCCCCUGAGAGUGCGGAUCCUGCACCAGGACAGAGUCCUGAGGGAAGUGGUGGCCAACAUCACCCUGCAGGCCUCUGACUUUGCAGAAGUGCUGACCGGACUGGGAGGUCGAGAGAUGCUGUGGCUGGCUCAGGGACAACUGAGGAUUUCGGUGGAGGUGGAGGGUCGGUCCCAGCACCAGCUGGCUGGACGGAUCACGACAAGGAGAAGUUGUGACACCCUACAGAGUGUGCUCUGUGGAGGAGACGCCUUGACGGCCACCCAGACGGGAGCCGUAGGAUCUGCCAAGUUCACGCUCCAUGAGAAUGGCACUUUGGACUACCAGGUCCAGGUUGCUGGAACAGGAAGUGAGGUGACCAGUAUCACACUGGAGAUGAAGCCCCGCCGACGGAAUAAACGGAGCAUUUUGUAUGACAUGACGCCCAGCUAUAGGGACGGAAAGGCCAGCGGGCGCUGGGAGCAGAUGAACGGGCGUGAGGCCCACAUGCUGCUGCAGAACGAGCUCUUCCUCAAUGUGGCCACCCGGGAGUUUGAGGAAGGGGAGCUGCGCGGCCAGAUCAGCUCCCUGCUGUACAGUGGACUCCUAACACGAUACCAAGAGCUUCCACUGCCCCUCGCUGGCCAGUACGUGUCCCCGCCCGUCCGCACCGGAUCCGCAGGGCACGCCUGGGUUUCCCUGGACGACCAUUGCCACCUGCACUAUGAGAUUGUGGUGGCUGGCCUCGGCAGGGCAGACGACGGCACCGUCAGCGCUCACCUGCACGGCUUUGCUGAACUGGGCGAGCUGGCCGAGAGCAGCCUCAGAGAGCACAAGCGGAUGCUCCGGGGCUUCUACGGCACUGAGGCUCAAGGGGUCGUGAAGGACCUGGAUGGGGAGCUGCUUCGCCACCUGGCCCAGGGCACGGCCUUCCUGCAAGUCAGCACGAAAGCCAACCCUCAUGGGGAGAUGCGUGGCAAGGUGCAUAUUCCCAACCAUUGCAAGGCAGGGGGUGUCCAUCUGGCCCCCGAGGUCCCGGAAGAAGAGCUUCCUGAGAAUACAAACCGAAAAGACCCCGAGGAGUUGAAGAAAGACCCCAACUCCUGCUUUUUUGAAGGACAGCAUCGCCCGCAUGGCUCCCGCUGGGCCCCAGACUAUGAUAAGAAAUGUUCUAUAUGUAGUUGCCAGAAGCGCACCGUCAUCUGUGACCCUGUUCUGUGCCAGCCUCUCAACUGCUCCCGGGUGGUGCAUCCACAGGAUCGGUGCUGCCCGACGUGUGAAGACAAGACAGAAGACGAACAGAGAGCGGAGAAAGUCCGAGAUAGCAGUGAAGGCUGCUACUUCGAUGGUGACAAGACCUGGCGGGAAGCUGGCACCCGGUGGCACCCGGUGGUCCCUCCCUUUGGCCUCAUCAAAUGCGCUAUUUGCACCUGCAAGGGAGCCACCGGAGAAGUACACUGUGAGAAAGUCCAGUGUCCCCACCUGACCUGCAGAAACCCCGUCCGCGUCAACCCCUCCGACUGCUGCAAGCAAUGCUCAGCCUCGGAAAAGAGUCCGGCCGUGUUUUCCGACAUGAUGCAGGCCGACGGCCCCAGAGCCUGCAAAUUUGGACGGCAGUGGUACACGCAUAACGAGAGCUGGCACCCGGCAGUUCCCCCCUUCGGGGAGAUGAAAUGCAUCACCUGCUGGUGUCUGUCUGGCGAGACGCAGUGCCAGCGUGAGGAAUGCUCUCCCGGUUCUUGCGCCAGAGAGGAAGGAAAGGGGAGCAGUUGCUGUUCCAAAUGCCAAGCGCCGGAUGGCUUUCCAGAAGAUGGCCAAAGACUCCUUCCAGAGGAGACCAAGCAUUCCUGGACACAUUAAGAAACCAGAAGGAGCUUAGAAGUCCAGACGCCUGGAAGACAGUUGUCAAGCCGCUUGACGGAACUCAAGAAGUCCGAGCGAUUCGCCGAUGGUGUUCCUCCAGGCCUCGCUCAACCCAUUCACGGUCCCUUGGCUUUUGAAGACGACGAGUUGCCUUCUGAUCUCAUCAUCCUGUUGAAUGCCGGGUGUCCUCGUUCUCCUCUGCCAGAUGGCGGUGGCCACAGCAGCAGCCUUAAAACUUUUGUGCACCUUUGUUUUAGCUUCCGUGAAAGGCCUCAGAGAUCCAGGACAGCAGUGGGACACUUGGGGUUGCGGUGGGGGGGGGUCGCCGUUCUGGGUUUGUAUCAAGGACAGCUGCAGCUGCCUGUGGGGGGUCGACGUGGCACACUUUGGUGUACCUGACAUAGCAAUACAGCCCUUUUUUAGGGGAGGGGGGACUAGAACCCUGGGCACUGACUUUUGCGAGAACGACCACUUACGUACUGUCACGAACUUACUGUGGGACGUAGCUGUCGGAUUGCGCGCACCUCUCUGAUGCCUGUGGCCUCUUCAAGGAAUAUAAGGCACACCCCACCAUCCUGCUCCAUAGUGGGAAACACUCCCUCCCCCAAACAGCCUGUAUACGGUGUAAAAUUAUCCUCCUUGAUUGCCCUUUCUUGAAUAUUUGAUUUUUAAUUGUGGGGGAAGGAAUAUCUGUUUCCUCCCCCUCUGGUUGGUUGUAUAAUUUAUGGUUUCCAUGAGUGAGGUCGUCUCUGUCCUGCUCAUCACAAAGCCGGUGUUUGGAUAUUGAAGAGUCUGUAUUUAUUAAAGAAAAGGAAAAACCAA